AUGGAAAGCGUGGCGAACGCAGUCUCCGUGGCAGUGUCAGCCGCCUCUGCGGCUUUGGAGGUCAGCAGCGAUGCAGUGGCACCUCUCUGGUCUCAGCUGGAGCUUUUGGUCUCUGCAGCCUUUCAGGUCACGCAAGCCUUUUGGCUGCUGAUCGGAUAUGCAUUUAGUUUGCUCACACAAAAGUUGUUCACACAGCCUCUUUGGGCUACGGUUCUAAUCUCAGUGCCCUCGGUGUACCUUACCUAUGUGGUGGGUCGCUGGUUCAUCAAUCUGUCCUGGGAGCGCGGCCUGCGGGAUUCGCGAAGUGGCCGUUUGGAGUCGCGGGGGAAGCGGCCGAAGCCGCCCGAGCUCCAACUCUUGGAGCGCUUCUCCUCGGGCGAGUCAGACUUCGAGGACAUCAACGAGGCUCAGCCGGCCACAUCGCGAAGCCCGACGCAGAGCUUCGACCGGCAGAUGGCAUCCGUUCUGCAGGAAAAGGAACGCCUUGCUGGCAGUGGGUUGCUCCUCAGUGCUGCCGGGGCAUCUGGCGGCUUCGGCCUCGGCGAUGCAGAAGCAGAGUGCCUCCGUUUCCUUGAAAGCCAGAUGGAGGAUGUGGUCUUCGCACCUGGCCAGUCGAUUUUCGAUCAUGGCGACCCCCGCUCUGCAUUUCUGGUUGUGAGAAAGGGUGAGGUGAUCGUACAACCUGGCAACCGACCUACAUCUGACGUUUACACAGUCGUCCCUGGGAAUGCCAUCGUCGGACUGCUCUACGUCCUGGCCAGCUUGCAGUCACAAUGCUCCGAUACUGAUCCCCCUGUACCAUGCACGGUGCACAGCAGCUCCGCGUCGGCGGGCACGGAGGGUGCCACUGUCGCAAAGCUUCAGGUUGAGUGUUUCAGCGAUGCCUUCGAUAAGUUCCCAAAGGCCAUGCAGUGGUUGGUGCAGCGCCUCUGUAUCCGUCUCUCCACAGUGGUCUUCCAAACUCUUUCGACCCACUUUGGUCUCAGACGGGAGUUUAUGAUUCCCUCCCGCUCCAGAAUAUUAGAUGCCCCAGAUGCUAGCACACCUCCAGCUGCAGCCUUCCGUCAACUUCUCGUAGCGGAAAGCGAGGAGUGCGACUUGGCCGAGACCAUCGUCCGACCCGCAGGAGACUUGGCUUUUCCCCCACAGUCGCGGGCCAAGCACCUGUUGAUCCUUUUGGAAGGCGACCUGGUCGUAGAGCAGAGUGGAGAGCCCUUAAAGGGGAUGGUUUCACCAGGAGAUGCCAUAGGCGAGUUGUCCAUCCUCACAGACAAGCCUUCGCCGAUCCAGUAUCGCUGCCAAUCAAAGUGUACUUUCGCAGCAUUGCCGAGAGAGGCAUGCCAGCGUCUACUGGCGCGAUUUCCAAGGAGCUUCACCCUCACUCUGCUCCACCUUAUUGUAGGUCGAACAGCCACAUGGCUCCACCGGGUGGAUGCCUGUUUGGAGUGGCUAAGCGUCGAGGGCAGCCGAUGUUUGUACAGGCAAGGCGAUCCGAUGUGUGGCUUCUUCAUCGUGUUAUCGGGACGUCUCGUCGCUCUUGAGGACACAGAGGAGCCUAUGCCGCGGAUGCCACAACUCCGGAGCAGAGCCAGUCUCCCCGGGAUUCGUGUGCGAGAGGUGCUCUUGCGCGGCAGCCUCUGUGGCGAGCUCGAUUGCUUGCGCAACUCGACCUACUCGCAGACAGUGCAGGCAUCGCGCGACACCGAGGUGUGCAGGGUCUCGCCGAUGCUCCUGCAGGUUGUGGCUCUUGAGUUUCCGAGAGCUAUCCUUCAUUUCAGUUCGCAGAUCGGCCGGAAGCCGCCCCAGUCGGAGGCCUCUGCCAGCGCCAAGUACAAGACGACCAUCACCGUUGUUCCUGCCACCGCAGAUGUGGACAUAAACCGUGUUUGCUCCAGAUUGACGGCAGCUUUGACUGUGCUGGGCAAUGCCAUGCACAUUACACCGAGCACAGAUCUCUUCUGUGCGGCACCAGGGGUUCAAGGAGCUGUCAGAAACUUGGACGAAGGGCGUCUUGCCCGACUCUUAGCCGAUCUGGAGGAGAGAAAUCGCUGGCUGGUCUACGAGGCGGAAGCGCCCGGCAGCAAAGGGGUCACGGACUGGACCAGGCGGUGCGUCCGUCAGGCUGACAUCAUCCUCGUCGCUACCAACUUUAACGGCCAGGGCCGCGGCGAUGUGCCGCAGACUCUCAAUGAGAAGCACGUCCGCGAUGCAGCACCCCUUUUCGUGACCAGAGAGUUGCUUCUGCUGCACAAAGGAGUACAAGGAAAGAGCGGCAAAGUUUCCAAGCUCUCCUCAAUGGACGACUGGUUCGUUGGUGCCGCCGCAAGGGCCGAUUCGCUUCGGCCAGGUGUCACAGGCUUCGUCCGGCACCACCUCUUUGCUCCACACCGUGGGGGAGGAAUGAUGAGGUCCACGCGGCACUACCUUAAUCCCAGGCCGUGGGCCAGCAGCUGGCACCACGUCCGCGUUGGCCACGGGGACUCUGUUGACUGGAACAGGUGUGCACGGCUGCUUGCAGGUAAAGCCAUUGGCGUCUGCUUCGGUGGAGGGGGUGCUCGAGGGAAUUGCCACUUCGGCGUCAUAAAGGCGAUGCAGGAACUCGGCAUACCCAUCGAUAUUGUGAGUGGCACGUCGUUCGGUGCGCUAGCAGGGGCGAUGUAUUCCAUGAGUGCACCCGAACCGAGCUCGCUGCCGGCCCUGGUCAAGAGGGUGAUGACAAAACAGUUUUCGGCCCGGAAAAUGAUGCUGGAUUUGAACUUUCCCAGAACUGCCUACUUCACAGGGGCCUACCUUAACAGUGUUCUAAAAGAGAUCUUCGCCCGCCGCAGACUGGAGGACCUUCUGAUUCCGUUUGCAUGUACCAGCACGGACAUAGUGCACUUUGAGGAGAAGGUCCACAGGGAUGGCCCUCUCUGGAGGGUGAUCCGUGCUUCGAUGAGCCUCGUCGGGUUUGUGCCACCAAUCCCACACCAGGAGAGAAGGGAAGAUGGCAAAGUCAGCACGACGCUGCUUGUGGAUGGAGGGUAUGUAAACCAGUACCCCAUAGAAGCUCUGAAAGACCACGGGGCCGGCACCGUAAUUUGCAUCGUCGCAUGCCCAGACUAUUCUCCGGUUUGCACUGACUAUGGUGACGUGGUCCGAGGUGGUCUGGUAUCUUUACAGCGACGUUUUGGCUGCUGUCGCCGUGCUAGCGGGGACCCUCCCAGCCAAGCCGAAAUCCAGGAGCGCUUGAUGUUUCUGGUGGAGGCCAUGAAGGAGUCGCACAGCUCCCGAGCAGACCUUGUGAUUUGCCCGGACAUCACCAACUACGGGCUCCUUGACUUCGCAAAGUUCGAAGAGAUUUCCCAAAGCGGCUACGAAGCGGCACUUCCAGAACUCAGGGCUUGGCUCCCACAGGCCCCUGAAGCGGUGCACGCCACAAUCGCCGCUGACGCCGAUCAGGCCGUUCAAAAGAGCGUCAACGAAGUGGAGUACGGAUCGCGUCGGGGCUACCGCUCCUGGCGUACCAGCGCCUCGCAAGCGGCGCGGCGCCUCUUGACCAGCCCUCGGCUCCGCUCGCACAGUGCCGGCAGUAAUUUGCAUCUGCAGGCCAGCGAUGCCGACUACGAGGCAGAGAACGAAGGCUGA